CUCAUCGUCCUCAUCGUGUCUGUUCAAUCGUCGCCGGAGUCGCAAGACCAUCUAUUUGAUGCGUGGGUUGAUGUGCUAUAACAUGGCCGACGUCGCCAGCAUCGUCUAUAUCUCCGUGUAACGUGUAUAUAUUGGAAGCAGGCCGUCACAGCUCUGCAAGCAGAUGCAUCCCCACUGCCGCCGUCGCCGACUGCAUACCGCGGUCGACCGAGCCGACUAGAAAUGACCAUCAAGGAACUGAAGAAUCGCGCAGUGGGCGAUAUCGACGCUGCUCUCGCCAAGGCUGCUGCCGCCAAGGAGACGUCGUCGUCGUCGUCGUCGCCGGAAGACGUCGCUACCGACGGCGUCACGAGCGAAUCGGAUCUGAGCGAGCACAGUGGCCUCGUCGACCGUCGCUCGGCGACGUCGCCAGAGCUGUCGUCGGUCGACGUCGUCGUGCCCGUGAAGCAGGAGCGGGAAUCCCCGGCGCCGACGCAGAAGGCGCCAGAGUCUCCCGGCUACCACUUCCCCUAUCGCCCCACACCGAUCAGCCCGCGCGACUACAUGGAGUCCGCGUUCCCGCUUCCCCCUGCCGGUUUCCAUCCGUCCAUGUUGCGACCCCCGCAAGGGUGGCCCCCGUUCAUGCCAGGACUAGUACCGAUGGACAUGCACAGAAGAGGAACCCCCUUUCAGCAACAACAACAACAACAACAACAACAACAACACCACCAACAACAUCAACAGCAGCAGCAACAACAGCAUCAGCAGCAACAACAGCAGCAGCAGCAGCCGAGUAUGGACCCAAAAGAUUCGCCGCUAGAGGGCAGGAGUUUCAGUGACUUGAUGCGCAGCAUGGCGGCCAAGUACAACGACAGCCCGCAGGAAAACAAGCCGAGCAGCACAACAUGCACGGACGCCUCACUCCGCGGUCCUUUCGGCUUCCCUCAGUCGAAACUGAGCGGAGCGCUCCUGGCGGGAGACAGAGGAAAGCUCGCCGACGAGCUGAGAGCCCGGAUGAAAGAUCUGCAGCCGCUGCCGACGUCGGCCGCCAUGUUCGCGUCGACGCCGAACCACCUGAAGCGCGCCCACGCGGCGAUGGACCCGCCGCCGCCGCUCGCAUCGCCGAAGAAGCUGAAGGAAGGUUUCUUCUCCUCGCCGUACGACUCCCGCUCUCCCGGAGGAGGCGGCGGCGGCUAUCCCGCUCCUCCCCCGCAUCCUCCCGGCAUGCUCUCCCAGAUGUCAGUCUUCCCGAUGCCGAUUCGCGUGGCGACGCCCGCCGGAUAUCCGGCGGCGCCACCGAUCAAGACCCAGGACACGCUGCUCACAAAGAUGCUCAAUGGAGAAUCGAAGGAGGAGGUCGAGCGUUACUCUCCCGGAGAAGGGUACCGCCCGAGUUCCCGCGGAGGAGACUCCCAGGGUUCUCCCAACGGCGUACAUUCGACGCGUGUUGGAGGAGGAGCAGGAGGAGGAGGAGGAGGAGGAGGAGGAGGGGGAAGGUCCCCGUCGUCGCAGGACAGUGUGUGCAGCCACCGCAGCACGAGUCCGAGAUCUCGCGAGAGGAGUCACAUGGCGGCGUGGAGCGUCGACGACGUGUACGAGUUCGUACGCAGCAUCGAUCUGUGCGCCGAGUAUGCCGACACGUUUCGACAAAACUCGGUAGAUGGCGCCACACUACCUCUGCUCACCGAAGAUCACCUGAUGGCCAGCAUGUCAAUGAAGCUGGGUCCGGCGCUGAAGCUGCGAGCGACGAUCAGCAAACUGCAGAACAACUGCAACAACUGCAUCCAGUGCAUACGCCGCUACGAUAGCAGCCCCGUAAAGAUGAAGGCGGACGCGUGAACUUUGACCUAUGACGUCACGCCGCUACGACAGCAGCCCCGCAAAGAUGAAGGCGGAUGCAUGAACUUUGACCUAUGACG